AUGGAUAUGCCAUCAGCUCGCAGUUUUAGGGAUAAUUACCCUGACCGCGACAAUGAAUAUAAUCUACGCCAGCAAGAACAAGAACAUUUAAAAGAGAUCAAUGACAACUCUGAUUCUGAUCAAACAGAAAUAAAAAGAAUGGAUACUCGCCAAACAACAGGUGGUUAUGGUGAAUCUGAAGGCAAUGCUGUAGACAUUGAUAGUGCUUUGCAAAAAUAUGAGUCCGUGCGCCGAGAAAUGACAAGACAAUCCCAAAGAAGACCUUCUGCAGCAGGUCCUUCUAUGGGCGAUGCCUCAGUUGCUCCUGAUGAAGAAAAAGGAGAACAAAAAGAAUUUGACUUGACAGAAUUUCUUACCAACCAACAUUCACAAAUCAUGGAUGCAGGACUAAAGCCUAAAAAUAUGGGCGUCGUUUGGAAAGAUCUGACAGUGCAAGGCUUAGGCGCUGAUGCGAAAGUGAUACCAACUAAUUUUUCUGUUCUGUCUGACUUUGUUCAAUUUUGGAAAUGGGGAAAGCAUAAGGGACAUGACUUCACUAUCCUCAAAGACAAUAACGGUUUUUGUAAAGCAGGUGAAAUGCUUUUGGUGUUGGGUCGUCCAGGUGCUGGUUGUACAACCUUACUUCGUGUGAUUGCUAAUAUGCGUGCAUCAUAUACUGAUAUUCAAGGCGAAGUGUCAUAUGGUGGUAUUGAAGCAAAAGAAUUUGGCAAGCAUUUUAGAGGCGAAGUUUGCUACAACGAAGAAGAAGAUCUUCAUUAUCCAACAUUAACCACUAAACAAACGCUUCGCUUUGCACUUAAAAACAAGACUCCUGGAAAGCGUCUUCCUAAUGAAUCUAAAGGUGAAUUUAUUGAUAAAAUCCUGUAUCUUCUUGGUAACAUGCUUGGUUUAACAAAACAAAUGGAUACCAUGGUUGGUAAUGCUUUUGUCCGCGGUCUUUCUGGUGGUGAACGAAAACGUCUUUCAAUCGCUGAACAAAUGACAACUCGUAGUUCUAUUAACUGUUGGGAUUGUUCAACCCGUGGUUUAGAUGCUUCUUCUGCUUUGGAUUAUGUCAGAUCACUACGUAUCAUGACAGACAUUUUUAACAAGACAACCAUUGCCACUUUAUACCAAGCUUCUGAUAGUAUUUUCCAUUUGUUUGAUAAGGUCAUGGUGCUUGAUGAAGGUCGUGUUCUUUAUUUUGGACCUACUGCCACCGCUAAGCAAUUCUUUUCUGAUAUGGGCUUCUACUGUCCUGAGCGUAAAUCCACACCUGACUUCUUAACGGGCCUCUGUAAUAUGAAUGAACGCCAAGUGCGUGAAGGUUUUGAUGGCAAGGUCCCCCUCAAUGCAGUGCAGUUUGAAAGACAAUUUCAAGAGUCUCAACUCUAUAAAGACAUGCUUCACGAACGUGAUGAAUAUGAAAAUCGAAUCAAUCAAGAUAGACCUGCUGAAGCUUUUAAACAAGCCUUUGUUGAAGCCCACCAAAAGCAUGCUCCUAAACGAUCACCCUUUGUUGCUACUUACUACCAACAAGUCAAGUCCCUUACAAUUCGUCAAUUCCAGUUGAUCUUUGGUGAUAAAGGUGCUCUUGUGUCUCGUUAUGGUGGUGUUGUUGUUAAGGGUCUUAUCAUGGCUUCUUGUUUCUUUAUGAUGCCUACUGACGCCUCUGGUGCCUUCUCUCGUGGUGGUGCUUUCUUGUUUUCUCUGUUAUUUAAUGCUUUAAUUGCUCAAUCUGAACUAGCAGCUUUCAUGCAAGGUCGUCGUGUCUUGGAAAAACACAAACAUUAUGCUUUGUACCAUCCUUCUGCUUUCUACAUUGCUACUGUUGUUGCUGAUAUUCCUUUGGCUAUUAUACAAGUUCUCGUCUUUGAACUUUGUGUCUAUUUUAUGAUGGGUCUAGUACUUGAAGCAGGAAGAUUCUUUACGUUCAUGAUCAUUCUUGUCGUUACCAAUCUCUGUAUGAAUGGUUUCUUCCGUUUCUGGGGCUCCGUUAGUCCAACUUUCUUUACUGCUUCUCAACUGUCUAGUAUUUUGCUUAUUGCUUGCUUGAUUUACUGUGGCUAUCAAAUCCCUUACAAGCAGAUGCAUCCAUGGCUCUUUUGGAUUUAUUGGAUUAAUCCCUUGGCCUAUGGUUACAAAGCCUUGCUUUCCAAUGAAAUGAGAAACUUGCAAUUCAGCUGUGAAGGCGCUUCUGGUGUACCUUAUGGUCCCUCUUACACAGAUCAACAAUACCGUUCUUGUCUUCUCCCUGGUGCUCAACCUGGUGCUAGUUAUGUCCUAGGUGAUGAUUAUCUAGAAGAAGUUUAUGGCUAUUAUGUCUGGCAACGUUGGAUCAAUUUUGUUGCUGUUGUCUUGUUCUUCCUUUUCUUUACUGUCAUUACAGCGCUUGCUAUGGAAUAUGUCGAUCUUCAAAAAGAAGGCUCUGUUACAAAAGUCUAUAAGCGAGGAUGCGCGCCUGAGGCUGAAUCUGAUGAAAAAAUGAUGCAACAAGUAGCUACUACUGAUGAUCAAGAGAUGGAAGCUGUAUCUGAAGGUACUACCUUUUCAUGGCAUCAUAUUGACUACACCGUGCCUGUCAAAGGGGGUACACGUCAAUUGUUAUGUGACGUAGGCGGUAUUGUGAAGCCCGGUAACUUGACUGCCUUGAUGGGUUCUUCUGGCGCAGGUAAAACUACAUUGCUAGAUGUCUUGGCUAGAAGAAAAACGAUCGGUAAAAUCGAGGGUAAUAUCUACCUGAAUGGUGAGAAACUCGCUGAUGACUUUGAACGUAUCACUGGUUAUUGUGAACAAAUGGAUGUUCAUAAUCCUGCAGCGACUGUGCGCGAAGCCCUUCGUUUUUCUGCUUAUCUUCGUCAACCUGCUGAAGUACCUAAAGAAGAAAAAGAUGAAUAUGUUGAACAAAUUUUGGAACUGUUGGAAAUGUCAAAGAUUGGUGAUGCCCUUGUAGGUGACCUUGAACAAGGACAAGGCAUCUCUGUCGAAGAACGUAAGCGACUGACCAUUGCUACUGAAUUAGUUGGUAAACCUAAGCUACUUUUUUUGGAUGAGCCUACGUCUGGUCUUGAUGCUCAGUCUUCUUAUAAUAUUGUGCGUUUCAUUCGUAAACUUGCUGAUGCUGGCUGGCCUGUCUUGUGUACGAUUCACCAACCUUCUGCUACUUUGUUUGAACAUUUUGAUCACUUGCUUUUGUUAGUUCGUGGUGGUAGAACUGCCUACUUUGGUGAAAUUGGUAAAGACUCUCGAACGAUGAUUGAAUAUUUUGAACGUAACAAUGGUCCUAAAUGUUCUCCUAAUGCCAAUCCAGCCGAAUAUAUCUUGGAAUGUGUUGGUGCUGGUACUGCUGCAAAAAACUCGACACAGGAUUGGUCUGAAAUUUGGCAGACAUCUCCUGAAGCUAAGCGACUCGAACAAGAACUGGCUGAAAUUCAUGCCUCUACAGACCAUGAUACAAAGCGUAAAGUGACUACCUAUGCUCUUCCUUUGUGGCAACAAUUGAAACUUGUUUAUCUACGUAUGAAUGUUUCCUGGUGGCGUUGUCCUACUUACAACUUGGGUCGUUUAUUCAAUGUCUGCUUUAUUGGUCUUAUUUCUGGUUUCUCCUUCUGGAAGUUGGGUAACUCACCUCCUGAUAUGCAAAAUCGAAUGUUUUCUGUCUUUACUACCCUUUUAAUGUCCAACAGUUUGAUCAUUCUUGCUCAACCAAGAUUUAUGCAGGAAAGAAUGUGGUUCCGUAGAGAAUAUGCCAGUAAAUACUAUGGUUGGGCACCUUUUGCUCUGUCUUGCUUGUUGGUUGAAAUCCCUUAUCUGAUUGUGCUCGGUACUAUCUUUUUGUUCUGUUUCUACUGGACUGCUGGUUUACAAAACGACUCAAGUCGUAUUGGUUUCUUUUACAUUCAUUUCAUCGUCUUCUUGUUCUACUCUGUCUCUUUGGGUUUCACGAUUGCUGCCUUUUCCAGUACACCACCCAUGGCUGCUGUCAUUAAUCCUUUCUUUACCUCCAUUUUGAUUCUGUUUGCUGGUAUUGUACAACCUCCAAGCCAGAUGCCUCAUUUCUGGAGUGCAUGGAUGUACUGGCUCGAUCCUUAUCACUAUUUGAUUGAAGGUCUAGUAGUCAAUGUUAUGGCUGGUGUUCCAGUACAAUGUUCGGAUUCAGAUUAUAUUGUGAUUAAUGCGCCUUCCGGACAGUCCUGCCAAGACUAUAUGUCAGAAUUCUUUCAAUCUGGUGGCCCAGGCUAUCUCGGAAAUCCUGAUGCUACAGGUUCCUGUAAUUAUUGUCAAUACUCAACAGGUAAUGAUUACUUUGAAGAAAGAAUUGGUUGGUCCUUCUCAAAUAGAUGGCGAGACUUUGGUAUUUUGUGUGCCUACACAAUAUUUAACUGUCUUGCCUUUAUCUUCUUUGUCUUUUUGUUCAGAAAAGCAAAACGUUAA